AUGAAGAUGUUUAUGUGUUCUAAAGCUGGUUUUAAGGUUAAGGCAAAUGCUGGUGUUAGGGCAUAUUCAAAAAUUGACAUAAGGACAGGGUGUGGUGCAUGUGUUCAGUUUGACGUGGGUGAGGAUGGGUUGUGGACGGUUACAAAACAUGUCAAAGUGCACAACCACGAGUUAUGUGCUGUAGACAAGAGUCAUCUUCUCCGUUCACAUAGAAAUGUGGGUGAUAAUCAGCUGUUAUAUUUAAAAGAUUUGAAGAAGAGUGGUGUUGCAAUGGCAGAUGGUAUUAGGUUUUUGAAACAUCAAGCAGGGGGGUCUCCAUUAAUUGGUUUCACUAAUCGAGAUGCUUAUAAUUCGAUUGCUUCCGAUACAUCAAAGCGUUUGGAUGGAACAGAUUCGAACUCAUUAAUUGAAAUAUUUAGGAAGAGGCAAUCGACUGAGUCUGAUUUUUUCUUCGAUUUUGAAGUUGAUUGCGAUUCAAGACUGUGCAGUUUUUUUUGGAGGGAUGGUCGGAUGAGACAAGACUAUGAGUUGUUUGGGGAUUUGUUGGUGAUUGACUAUAAGUGUCACAAGAAUAGUUGGAUACAAAAGUUGUAUGAUUGUAGGGAGAAGUGGUGUCCAGCAUUCAACAAGGAUUAUUUUUCAGGGGGCAUUUUAUCAUCGCAAAGGAGUGAAACUACUAAUCAUUCGAUUUCAAGAAGGCUGUCUAAGACUGCGGGUCUUUGUGAUUUUUAUUCAUCAUUUGUUAGUGUAAUUUCUGAAUGGAGAAGCAAAGAGAAUGGUGAAGAUUUUCGUUGUGCUCAAGGGGCACCCACUAUGAUGAUGGAGCACGUGAAACUUCUUUUACACGCUAGAGAGGUAUAUACGAUUGAGAUAUAUUUUUUGUUUGAGGAACAGUUUAUGAAAGGCAAUGCUUGUCAUCAAGAAAUGGUGUUGAAUGAUGGUUGUCAGUUCAAGUAUCAUGUAUGGCGUCCAGAUAUAGAUAUUAUAAGGUGGACUAAAAAGGUUGCUGAUGGUAGGGAUGUGAAUACUGGUCCAAUGUUUUAUAGAGCUGGUGUCCCUCCUUCAAUUUGGGUUGUGGAGAUUUGUAGAAAAUUUCAAAGAUUGAUUGCAUCUAGUCAAGAUAAUAGUGUAACUAGACAGUUCUGCGAUGAAGCAGUUGAGGAUGCAAAGAAAAAGGUUUAA